AAAGAAAGAAAAUAUGUCAUGUUUAACGCCUGAUCAUGCUAAAAAUGAAGGUAAUUACUCUUAUUUUAAAAAUAAAAACAUAACAGUUAUAUUUAUGAAAUCAAAAUCGUUUAAGAAAAUUAAGAAACUUUGUCAAAAAAACAAUAUAUAGUAAUACCCCAACUAUAAUUAUAAGAUGGCUAUAUUAGUGUAUUUUUAGUAUAUUUUUCAAUUUGGCACUGAGAAACCGGAAUUGAAUAAUGAGUGUGAGGGUGACAUAUGGAAGCGAUAUUUUGAUGGCGAGAAGAGUGUUGACACGGGUGAUGUGAAGCACAUGUUUGAGUCACUAAACAAAAGAGUUGAAGGUGUAUAAGCAUUGGAUGGAGUGAAGUUGGCCUUGUUGCAUGUUCUUGGUAGCUACAUUCAUUGUUCUAACACUCGCUAGGCGCUAGUGGGGUGGUUGAGGAGCGCCUAGGCGGUCGACAAGGCCGAUUUUUUGGCCGACUAGGCCGAUUAAUCAGUCCGCCUAGGCCGAUUUUUAGAACAGUGGCUACAUUAUUGGGAACCAAACUUCAAUAAAAUUUCCAGCAUGCUACAUGAAUCUCGUGGAAAAUUGUGCAAAAUUAAUUGAUGAAGGAAAGAACACGAGGUUGACUUUCCCAGUCUACAUGUGUGCAUUGUAGACUUAGGGGUAUGAGACAUUCCCCGUUCUGAGACGUGGGAAUGUGCGCUGCAAAAGACCAUCAACUUACUUUCCCAGAGCGCUACAAUGGGUAGCACCGUCAAGGCCAGGCCAUGCAAUCCUAGAUGAGGUUGUGUUCAACAAUGCAAAGGUAAGACAAAAUUAAUAACUUCAAUCAUACAAGUUUUGUAUUAAUUUGAAUUCACAUUAUUCAAUUUUGAGUUGUUAUUUUUGUGUGUAAUGGCAAUUUGAGUGGGAACCAAUGAAGCCCACAGACGAGAAGUUGAAGAAUGAUGCAAUAUUUAAUGCAUUGGAAAUUAUUGUUAAAGAAUCUAGAGCUUCAGAGAAAUGUGACACACCUGUGAAAAGGGAAAAGUGAAGAUCUCACGUCGGGGUGGGGGGUAGAAAAAGAAGACUGAUAAUUGUGAAGACAAUUAACAAGUGGAGAUUGGUGAGUUAUUCGAUAUGAAUGGUUCUUCAAAGAGAAAAGGAAAGAAGACAAAAGAUGUGAAUGAAAAACUCCUCAAAAAGCCGAUGCUACAGGGGCAACACUUUGAGAAAUUGGAGAUGGUAAUUUCAAAGUUAUGUGAUUUGCAGGUCAAGCAAGCUUGGAUGAUAAAGAAACUCAUUGUGAGUAGCAAGAAAGGGAAGAGUGUUGUGACUAGAAAAUUUGUAUUUCAAAGGAAGAAGAAAGGGAACAAAGAACAAGAUAUGCCUUCGUUCGAGCUGGAUGGGGAGUGUAAUAACGAAAAGGAAGAAAUGGAGAAAAGCAGCGAUGUGAGGGAAGAUGAUGAAAUCAAUGAAGAAUUGGAGCAUCGGCCAAAAGGGCUUAAUGAACACGUGGCAGAACAAAUUGAGGAGAGACAAGAAGUUGUGGAAACUGAUUGGGGAGCUGGUUAUGAGGAUCCAAUCAACACCAAUGUGUUGGUUGUGGAAGUGGAUAAGGUUUUGGAGAAAGUGCAGGGGAGGACGGAAAAUGAAAGCACUGAUUUAGCCAUUAAGAUGCAUGUUGAAGGCGGUAAAAAUGAGGUAAAAUGCAUGCAUGUAUACUGGCACUAGUACUUUGUUGCUUUAAUAUGUCUUUGAUUUCAGGUGACUGCUAAAGCGGUCCAUCAAGUAUGAGAACGAUAAUUGAAAAGGAUGGAAUAAAAAUGAAUGUUGAAGGGGUGGAAAGUGAGGUAAAAUAUGUGGAUUGUUUUGAUUUUUAAGAACUUGAUGAAAAUGUGGAUUGUUUUGAGUGGUGAACUCUUGGAAUGUUUGAUGGUUUAAUUCUGAAAUGGUUUGUGUUUAAUGUGUGAUGGUGAUAUUGUUUGUUUCUUGCACGUGUGAAAUGCAAUUAAUUUAUUUUUGAGGAAACUUCACUGCACUUAUGAAAGGUUGUGCCAUAAAUGGCAUAAUACGAUGUUACAUAUUGCACUAUUUUAAAUUUCAAAAGAGGGUGUUAAAAAUGGAAUUAAUAUGACAUUCAUGUCAGGUACUCGGUGUUGAUGACACUCCAAAGAGACCAAAAAGAAAAACAAAAAUUUCUGACAGGUUAACAUUAUCAGGUCCUGUUAUUGCAAAAAAAGGAAGAAGUGUGAAGAAGUUACCGCGUUUAGAGGGCCAUUACUUCGGGGUCCAGAGCAUCCUCCUCGAGCAGACUUGCAAGAGUUGGACAACAUUUUUCAUGGUAACAUGGUUUCUGAAAAAUCAUAAAACAGAUGCAGUGCGAAAAUACAAGGCGGGUUAUGAAGAUCCGGUAUUACGAAAUAGCAAGCAACUUUGGGCAGAUGGGAGUAUCAAAGAAAUCACGGUAUUAUGCAUUUUGAUUUGAUUAAAAUUUGAUCAAAGACACAGUAAUUUUUAAUACUUGUGCAUUUAAUUAGUUAUGUUAGUUGUCAAAUUUAUAAUUGCAUAAAACAUGAAUGUAAUAGUUGUGUUUGAUAUUACAUUAUAGCACAUUGAUGUUGUGCUCUACAACUUGCGCCUAGACGCCUAAAGGGCAAAGACUACGGGCUAAAGCACAAAUUCAGCACUACUGAGUGCUAUUAAUAACGGAGUCAGUACACGCAAUCGUAA